AUGAGUUAUGUAACUGUUCAUGUUCAAGGCAGAGACCUCACAUCUGGGACUAUCCUCCAUGGUUCUAUGCAUCUGGUUGAUCUUGCAGGAAGAGGAUCAGCCAAGACGAUCAUGGAUCUAAGUGGACCAGAAGUUGUUGAAGCGCCUGAUGAUGUUGCGGAUGGAGCUGCACUCUCAGCUUUCCAGUACUUUGAAAACAUCAGGAACUUUUUAGUUGCUAUUGAGGAUAUGGGUUUGCCUUCAUUUGAAGCUUCAGAUAUGGAGAAGGUUGUUGAAGCGCCUGAUGAUGUUGCGGAUGGAGCUGCACUCUCAGCUUUCCAGUACUUUGAAAACAUCAGGAACUUUUUAGUUGCUAUUGAGGAUAUGGGUUUGCCUUCAUUUGAGGCUUCAGAUAUGGAGAAGGGAGGCAAGUCUGUAAGGAUAGUGAACUGCAUUCUUGCUCUGAAAUCUUACAGUGAGUGGAAACUCAAAGGUGAAAAUGGUCCAUGGAGGUAUGGAUCCAACAUGAAGAAUAACUUUGGUUUGAGAAAACCAUUCCUGAGGAAAAAUUCUGAGCCCUUCAUGAGUUCCAUAUCAAGAACUGAUCAACCUGAUGUUGGGCAAGAUCUUUGUGACAAAGGAGAUUCUAGAUCCAUAAAUGGGCUUCUUCGGUCAUUCAUUGCAGACAGAAAGCAUGACGAUAUUCCAAAUGUUGUAGAGUCUGUGUUGAACAGAGUUAUGGAAGAAGUCCACCAGCGGUUAUCAAUCCACAAUGAAAUGAUGAAAUCAAGUUCAAAACCUAUUAUAGAAGAUGUAUCAUCCUGUGAGACAGUGGUCCGGUCUCAGCAGUGUGAUGCAAGUGAAGAUGAGGAAGCAGAAGAAAACAGUCCGUCCCAGGUUGUAGAAGAAAAGUUUCAAAGGACACAUUUUGAACAUUACGAAGAACAAGAGAUUCUUCGGAAUCAACAAAAACACAUCCAGGAGUUGAAGCAAACCUUAAACACUACAAAAGCGGGAAUGCAGUUACUGCAGAUGAAGUAUCNGCUGGUCUCAGCAGUGUGA